AUGGAAAAAGUAACAGCAUCGAAAAUUAAAAAGCCUAUGAGCAAAACCAAAUUAAAAAAGACUAUCAAAAAUGUUGUUUGCCGUCCAGAUCCAUUAAACUGGCUUAUAGCAUCCGACGAAGAGGCAUGUGAAGUUAUUCAAGUUCUUCGUAAAUAUAGCGUGGUAAUACCAAAAUUCAAGAAACCACACUGGAAUGAUAUAAAAUGUAUCCCCAAGGAAAAGAGAACGAAACCACCACCAAUUCAAAAAGUGGAAGGACUUCUAUUUGGCUUAUCUGAAUGCCAGGACUCCAUCCAAGAAAGUAGCUGUUCAGGAAUCUUAAUUGAGGCUACGGUCAAUCCAAAACUUUUAGUGGAACCCAUUAUAGAUCUGUGUUGCACUAAAUCAAUACCAUAUUUGUGUAUGAAGGAUUUAAGAAAAACAACUGCAGAAGCUUUUGGUAUACCUACUAGCUGUCUAGGUCUCAAAAAUGACUGCAUAUUAGACAUUCAACUGGUUAUUCAAAAUAUCUACAAAAAGCACGAAAUAAUACACAAAAGUCUCCCUCUUGCUAAUGAAUCUACAUACAAUGAAGAAAUACCGAUGGACACUGUAGAACCAUGUAAUGCAGUAUCUAUCAGUAAAGAAAUGUGCAAAGAAAAUCAAUGUAUUACUUAUUUAUAUAGGAGCAGUAAAAAAGAAAGAGUUUUUAUACCAAAUGGUACACAGAAUCAGAAUGCAACCAACAAGUUCAGUGGUCAAAACUUUAUUAAGUUUGAAGAAGAUAAUAAAAAUAUGAAUAAAAAAGCGUACAAAAAUAUGAUCCUCAAGAGAGUAACAAGUAAUCCAAAGAGAGUGAAAUUAAAGGAAUCGUAA